AAGUAGUACGUCCAUAAUAUUCGGAUACAUGAAAUUUAGGCUCCGUAUAAACGCCAACGACUCUUAAGUCUUAGCCUUUUUUCCUAUAAAUACCAACAAAACACAUUACCCUUUACUUAACUUGUUCCAAUUUAUAGAACAAAACACAAAGCAUAUCCUACAAAACAGGGGCGAUCCAAGUUCAAAAGAACACACAACAAUGGCAAGGAACCUAAAUGUUGUUAUUUUUAUGGUACUUACAGUAGCCAACCUUCUCGAUGGAUCAGUAGCACAAACAAAACACGUGGUUGGUGAUGCAACAGGCUGGACCAUCCCAUCCAACGGUGCUUCAUUCUAUGUCAACUGGGCUUCCAACAAAACCUUCACCGUUGGUGACACUCUCGUGUUCAAUUUUGCAAAUGGACAACACGAUGUGGCGAAGGUAACAAAAUCAGAUUCGGACAGUUGCAAUGGAGCAAAAACAAUUUCAUUGUUAACAAACGGUCCAGCUAGUGUGACACUAAAAGAAACAGGACAACAAUAUUUCAUUUGUACAUUUGGUACUCACUGUUCACUUGGUCAGAAAUUGUCAAUUAACGUUGUUAAAAAAGCUUCUACUACUUCACCACCUGUUUCUGCUCCUCAACCAAGUGCUUCCUCUUCUCCACCAAAGUCAAGUCCUGUUCCAGCACCAUCAAAAGCACCAGCACUAGCACCAACACAAACACCAACAGCGACACCAGCACCAGCACCUUCUCCAGCUGAUGUUAGUGGAGGCGUUAAUUAUACAGUUGGUGAUAUCAAUGGUUGGACAAUUCCUGCUAACGGUGCUUCUGCUUAUACAACUUGGGCUUCUGGCAAGUCUUUCAAAGUUGGAGACGUCCUAGUUUUCAAUUUCGCAUUCACUACACACAACGUAGAAGAGGUGACAAAGGCAAAGUACGAUUCUUGCAACUCAGCUUCACCUAUUGCAACAUUCAGCAAGCCACCAGUAAGGAUCACUCUCAACAAAACUGGUACUCAUUAUUUCAUAUGUGGUUUCUCGGGACACUGCUCCGCUGGUCAAAAGCUUUCAAUCAACGUUGGUGCUAAAACUAUCAGCCCUGCCACAUCACCUUCUCCAACCGCCGCAUCGCCUUCACCCUCCGCCGAUUCUCCAUCGUCGUCUUCUUCAACCGUCAAUCCUUCUUCUCAGUCUCCAAACACUGCCGUCAGUCCACCUCCUCAGAACUCGGCUGCUGUGUCCGUUCGAGUUGCGGGAUUAUUUCUCACCGUUCUCUCAAUUGCUGCUGCAUUUUUCUGUUAGAGAAAUGAGAUCCUGGUUAGGACUAUGGAUUAUUUGUUCUUCAUUUCUAUGCGUCAUUCUUUUUUUUUUUUUUUGUCAUUGUGUGAGGGGACAUUUUAUUUUACAAUAAUGUGUUAUUAGCCUUAUGCUAAUUUCAUUUCAUACCUACCACAGUUUUGGACCUUUGGUUUCAAUUUUUCCCCUUUUUUGAUGAGUAACAUAGAUGGUAUAAGGCUGUGUUAGUUUGCUAUAAAUAAAUAAUUAUUUUUUAAAAUAAA